AUGAAGGCCACCUGGAUCAGGCUUCUGAAAAGAGCCAAAGGAGGACGUCUGAAGAAUUCUGAUAUCUGUGGUUCGGCGGACUCCUACACCAGCCGUCCAUCCGAUUCAGAUGUAUCUCUGGAAGAAGACAGGGAAGCAGUGCGGAGAGAGGCAGAGCGGCAGGCCCAGGCACAGCUGGAAAAAGCAAAGACAAAACCUGUUGCAUUUGCAGUUCGGACAAAUGUUGGGUACAGUGCAGCUCACGAUGACGAUGUUCCAGUCCCAGGCAUGGCCAUCUCAUUUGAGGCUAAAGAUUUUCUUCAUGUUAAAGAAAAAUUUAAUAAUGACUGGUGGAUAGGACGGUUGGUAAAAGAAGGCUGUGAAAUAGGAUUCAUACCAAGCCCAGUCAAACUAGAAAACAUGAGGCUGCAGCAUGAACAAAAGGCCAAACAAGGAAAAUUCUACUCCAGUAAAUCAGGAGGAAACUCUUCAUCCAGUUUGGGUGACAUCGUUCCUAGUUCCAGAAAAUCGACGCCUCCAUCAUCUGCUAUAGACAUAGAUGCCACUGGCUUAGAUGCAGAAGAAAAUGAUAUUCCAGCAAAUCAUCGCUCCCCCAAACCCAGUGCAAACAGUGUAACAUCACCCCACUCCAAAGAGAAAAGAAUGCCCUUCUUUAAGAAGACAGAGCACAUCCCUCCCUAUGAUGUAGUGCCUUCUAUGCGACCAGUAGUUUUAGUGGGGCCUUCUCUGAAGGGAUAUGAGGUAACAGAUAUGAUGCAAAAAGCAUUAUUUGAUUUUUUAAAACAUAGAUUCGAAGGGCGUAUAUCAAUUACACGAGUCACAGCAGACAUCUCGCUUGCCAAACGCUCAGUAUUAAACAACCCCAGUAAGCAUGCGAUAAUAGAGCGAUCUAACACAAGAUCAAGCUUAGCUGAAGUUCAGAGUGAAAUCGAACGGAUUUUUGAAUUAGCAAGGACGCUGCAGUUGGUAGUGCUUGAUGCUGAUACCAUUAACCACCCAGCUCAACUAAGCAAAACCUCUCUGGCUCCAAUUAUAGUAUACGUAAAGAUUUCUUCUCCUAAGGUUUUACAGAGGUUAAUAAAAUCUCGAGGGAAAUCUCAAGCCAAACACCUUAAUGUUCAGAUGGUGGCAGCUGAUAAACUGGCACAGUGUCCUCCCGAAAUGUUCGAUGUAAUUCUUGAUGAGAACCAGCUUGAAGAUGCUUGCGAACACCUUGCUGACUAUCUGGAAGCCUACUGGAAGGCCACACAUCCACCUAGCAGCAAUCCUCCUAACCAGCUUCUCACUCGCACACUUGCAACAGCCACUCUUCCUAUUAGCCCAGGUCCAAAUAUUAAUUUACAGGGAUCUCAAGGAGACCAGAGGAAUGACCAUUCAGUCCCUGAACGCAGCGGUUCACAAAUUGAAGAGGAAGCACGGGUAGAACCCAUCAAGAAAUCCCAGCAUCGCUCUUCCUCAAGCCAACACCACAACCAUCGCAGUGGUGUUAGAGGCCUUUCUAGGCAAGAGACUUUUGACUCAGAAACACAAGACAGCAGAGAUUCGGCUUACGUAGAGCCAAAGGAGGACUACUCACAUGAGCAUGGUGACCACUAUGAUUCUCACAGGGAUCACAAUCAUAGAGACGAGUCCCACGGGAGCAGUGAUCACCGACACAGAGAAUCAAGGCAUCGCUCAAAGGAGAGGGACCGCGAGCAGGACCACAAUGAAUGCAACAAACAGCGUAGUCGUCAUAAAUCAAGGGACCAAUAUUGUGACAAGGAUGGGGAAGUGAUAUCGAAAAAACGUAACGACGCAGGAGAAUGGAGCAGGGAUGUUUACAUCCGGCAGUAACUUUUGCCUCCGGCAGUCUUGUGUUUCUUUGAAGUCUUGUAACAAUGCCCCUUGAAAAUAUCUUCGGGUUCUUCAUUGCAGAACAUAUGGUAUCCUUCUGUAUGCUGAUUUGUAUUGCUGUUGCUUGCAUAGCAAUAGCAUGAAAUAGAAUAUUCAUAUACUUAUUUUUUUGGUUAGUGCUAUAUGAAUUAGCGUACUACAACUGCAGAGUUCCUGAUGUUGUACUACGCCAUUUUUCAAGCUGUUUUUUGGUAGCUGCCACUUGAACAAUAUCUGUUGCCAUCAAGGUGUUGUUAGUGUUUUUUAAAAAAAAGGUACAUUUGAUGUUUAAUAACUUCCCGUGUAUUCAGCAAGCCAGAAUCAGCACAUAAAAAAAUCUAAAACUUUUUGUCUGCUCUGAUUUUUAAUUUGUAUGCACUUGAUUUGCAUUUUGAUUUAAGAGCCACUAUCUGUUGCUUGUACCUCUGGUGGACUCCAUUUGAAGACAGAAUUCAGUCUUGCCUUACACACAGGGGAUCAUAAAGUCAAAAUCUAUUUUCUAUGUACUGGUACUGUGUACUGUAUAUACAGUUUAUAAAUGUUAUUUCUGCAGACACC